AUGGAUAAACACUAUCAUCUUCUUCUUCUCUUCCUCCUGUAUUCAUUCUCGUCGCCGGACUCUCAUCUAAUUUUGGCUACAAGAUCAAGAAAUAGAGAAGGGUCUGAAUUUUGGGGAUAUGUUGAAGUUCGACCAAAGGCUCACUUGUUUUGGUGGCACUACAAAAGUCCUCACAGUAAUAGGGUUAAAGAUCCUUACAAACCAUGGCCUAUAAUUUUAUGGCUUCAAGGAGGACCUGGUGGUUCGGGAGUUGCGUCCGCCAAUUUCUUACAAAUGGGACCACUCGAUGCUAGUUCGAAUCCUCGUUAUUUUACAUGGCUUCGCAAAGCAGACCUCUUAUUCGUGGAUAGUCCAGUUGGAACAGGGUUUAGUUAUGUUGAGGAUGAGGAUGAGAACUUGUUGGCCAAAAGUGAUAAACAAGCAGCGACUGAUUUAAUUACCUUGUUAAAACAUGUUUUCAAGAAAAAUGAUGCCCGCAAGAAGAGAUCUCUCUACAUAUUCGGAGAAUCUUAUGGAGGAAAAAUUGCAGUUGCUCUUGGUUUAGAAGCUCUUGAAGCUGUUAAAGCUCGUGAAUUAAAACUUCAAUUUGAAGGUGUGGUUUUGGGAAGUAGCUGGAUUUCUCCUCAGGAUUUUGUAUUUUCAUGGGGUAGCCUCCUAAAAGACAUGUCUCGGAUCGAUGACAAUAGUUUAAAGGAAUCAAACAGGUUGGCUCUACAAGUAAAGCAACAGAUUGAGGAAGGCAAGUAUAGAGAUGCAAGGUCAACAUGGGCUGAGAUGCAGAGAUUUAUUUACGAACGCAGCAACCAUGUGGAUUUCCUUAACUUUUUGUUGGAUUAUGGCGCUCAAGUACUGGCACCUGUUAACUUUAAGGAAUUCAUGAAUGGUCCUAUUCGGGAUAAGUUACAAAUUAUUCCUACUAAUGUGACCUGGGAAGGAGAACGUGAGCUGGUCUUUGAUGCCUUUGCCGAUGACUUCAUGAAGCCUAGAAUUGUAGAGGUUGACAAGCUCUUAUCUAAAGGUGUAAACGUGGUCGUGUACAAUGGACAGCUUGAUCUCAUUUGUUCAACCAAAGGAGUAGAAGCAUGGGUUCAGAAACUUAGGUGGGAUGGCUUGGAAACUUAUUUGAGUUUAGAGCGUCAACCUCUAUAUUGUGAAGGUGAUCCCACCACUAAAGGGUUUCGAAGAUCAUACCAAAAUUUUACUUUCUAUUGGAUUCUAAAUGCUGGUCACGCUGUUCCAGCCAACCAACCCUGUAUUUCUUUACAGAUGGUGGGAGAAAUUACAAAAUCACCCAGCCAGUCCUAG